AUGUCUUUUCAUGAACCACAACAACAAACAACAAUCAAGUUUGAUGAAUCCCCCAAGAACAACUAUCAAAUUCAGCAUAAUGAAAAGUACACGCAAAAAUCCUUGACACGAUCUUCUACAGGUCAAAGCUCAACUGAUUUUGAUACAAAGUCAGUGCGUAGUGUACUCAUGAAUAAAAUGCAUUUGGUCAAAAGAAAAAGACAAAGCACAGAUGAAAAAGAAAGAGUAGAAGGUCCUCCUUAUCAUACCAUGGAUCUAGAGACUGUCUCUCAGCUAUUAAAAUCAGAUUUAGAAGAUGGUCUAUCAGAAUCAGUAAUUGAAGAAAGACAUGCUCAGAAUGGCUAUAAUGAAAUGGAAGGUGAAGGUGGCGUAAGCCCUAUUAAGAUCUUGAUCAAGCAAUUCUUGAAUAUCAUGGUGUUGAUUUUGUUGAUUGCUAUGAUUGUUUCUUUUGUGUUUAAAGACUAUGUAGAAGGUGCUGUUAUUUUAGUCAUCAUGUUCUUAAACGCUGCUGUUGGUUUUAUGCAAGAAUUUAAAGCUGAAAAAACCAUGGAUUCUUUACGUCAGAUGGCAUCGCCUACAAGCCAAGUGAUUCGUGAUGGCCAUCAAAAGACGAUUCCUACGCGUGAAUUAGUUCCCGGUGAUGUAUUGAUUUUAAAGAGCGGCGAUGUGGUGGGUGCUGACUGUAGAGUGAUUGAAUCGUUUAAUAUGGAUGUGGAUGAAGCCCUUUUGACAGGCGAAAGUUUACCUGUCAAUAAAGUACCUGAUGUCAUUCAAGGGGACGAUGUGCCUCUCGGUGACCGUAUCAACAUGUCUUAUUCAAGCACUGUCUUGACCAAAGGUCGCGGUAAAGCCAUUGUUACUGCUGUCGGAAUGCAGACUGAAAUUGGUCGAAUCGCAAAGCGUUUAUUAGAAUCGGGUGAUAACACAAAAACACCCCUUCAGAAAUCACUGGAUCGUAUGGCGAUUGCUUUAUUGGCGAUUGCUAUUGUAGCUGUGAUUGUGGUAUUUGCUGCUGCUAAAUUCAAUGUCUCAAACGAUGUGGUCUUGUAUGCCAUUGCUACUUCUAUCUCUGUUAUUCCUGAAGGACUGGUGGCUGUCGUGACUGUCACUCAAGCAUUUGGUGUGCAUGCAAUGGCUAAAAACAAGGCACUGGUACGUCGAUUGACAGCAUUGGAACUGCUGGGUGCUGUGACGAACGUUUGCUCGGACAAGACGGGCACAUUGACACAAUCCAAGAUGGUCUUGACUCGGUUAUGGCGCCCCAGUACUGGUUUUUAUGCUAUUAGUGGACUUGGGUUUACGAUCGAAGGUGAAGUCAAGUCUGAAUCCACAGAAGAACGUGUGAUGCCGGAUACCAUGGACCAUGGUUUCCAAACUCUCGUCCAUUGCGCUGCUCUCUGUAACAUGAGUGAAGUUCGCAAAGACAAAUCUACCGGUGAUUGGACUGGUAUUGGUGACCCUACUGAAAUCGCACUUCAAGUGUUUGCCCAUAAACUUCAGCACGGAAAACCUUCGUUGAUCAAGAAGAACAAGCAGGAUGGCUGGACUUUGAUUUCUGAAUAUCCCUUUGAUUCGUCUAUUAAACGCAUGUCUGUUCUCUGUCGUACGCCAGAAGGUGCUUAUGUUGCUUUUUUGAAAGGAGCAACUGAACGUGUGCUCGAAAGUUGUGUGGGUAUGCAACUGUCAGACGAUGUUCAGACCAUGUCUCCUCAAGAGCUUCAAGACAAGGUUCUGCCCAAAGUAGAAGAGCUGGCUCAAGGCGGUCUUCGUGUGUUGUCCCUGGCGAUGCGCAAAAUUAAACAUGAAGGUCCUGUUGAACCCGACACGUUUGUGAGAGAGACAAUUGAACAAGACAUGAUUUUUCUGGGACUUGUGGGUAUUUAUGAUCCUCCUCGACCGGAAUCUAAGCCAGCUGUUGAAGAAUGCCAUCAAGCAGGUAUUACGGUGCAUAUGUUAACAGGAGAUCAUAUUGCCACUGCCACUGCCAUUGCUCGUGAAGUCAGCAUUGUGCCUGCUACCUAUGGUCUCGAAAACGACCCUGAACUCUAUGAACGUGUCAAGCAACAAGCCAAACCCCAUCUAGGCGAUGGCAGAGACAACUUAGUCAUGACGGCCCAACGCUUUGAUAAACUUACAGAAGAAGAGAUUGAUGCCCUUCCUGAACUGCCUCUGGUCAUUGCUCGGUGUAGUCCUGAUACCAAAGUCAAGAUGAUUGAAGCUCUUCAUCGUCGUAAACGCAUUUCUGGCAUGACAGGGGAUGGUGUGAACGAUAGUCCUUCUCUAAAAGAAUCUGAUAUUGGUAUUGCUAUGGGUGAAAAUGGUUCUGAUGUAGCCAAGCAAGCGGCAGACAUUGUGCUUGUGGACGAUAAUUUUGCUACCAUUGUCAAGGCUGUUGAAGAAGGCAGACGUGUAUUUGGCAAUAUUGCUCGCUUUGUGGUCCAUAUGGUGUCUGGUAAUGUAGCUGAAUUGACACCGCUGCUUUUGGGCCUUGUGUUUAUUGAUCAAUCGGGUGGCUCUGUGUUUCCAAUGACACCGAUUCAAAUCCUGUUUAACAAUAUCCUGACUUCCAGUCCACCUGCACUGAGCUUAGGCCUUGAACCUGUUCAUAAAGACCAAAUGCUUCUGCCUCCUCGUACUGAAAAAGACGGGUUGUUUAGCAAGUCCAACAUUAUCGAUAUCAUCUUUUAUGGUUUCUCUAUUGGUGUUAUUUGUCUUGCCAACUUUAUUAUUGUACUUUAUGGUUAUGGCACAGGUAAUUUAGGUGUCGAUUGUAAUGGUCAUUACAAUGAUACCUGUGAAGAAGUAUUUCGUGCCCGUGGUGCUCUGUUUGCCACAUUGACCAUCAUUGUCUUGUUACAUGGUUUUACCUGUCGUGAUCUUCGCCUGUCCACUUGGUCUAUUUCUGCCUUAAGAGGACCCAAGAAUAUCUAUCUUUAUUGGUCUACUUUGUUUGGUUUUAUCUUGCUGAUCAUUGCUCUUUAUGUUCCGGGCUUAAAUACCUCUGUCUUUAGACAUUUACCUAUCAGUUGGGAAUGGGGUAUGACUGCUGCCUCUGUUCUGUUCUAUAUAGCCGUUGUUGAAUCCUAUAAAUGGAUCAAGAGAAAAUUCUUUUAG